AUGGCUUUAAUUUUCCAUUCGAAACUUUCAGUAGAUUUAUCUCAAAUAUUAAAUGAUGCCGAUGAUUUCAACGUCAUUAUUCGAGUUGGUGAAAACAAAAAUACAAAAGAAUUUCAUGCUCAUUCAGUAAUUUUACGUGCUCGUUCACCUUAUUUUAAAAGAGCUUUCUCAACUGAAUGGAUCAUAAAAAAGGAUGAUGUGAUUAUGUUUAAUAAGCCAAAUAUCACUCCAAUUGUUUUUGAAAUGAUUCUAAAAUAUAUUUACACAGGUGAACUUGAUUUAACAAAAUAUCAAGGUAAAAAUAUUCUUGAACUUUUAAUUGCUUCUGAUGAACUACUUCUUGAAGAAUUAUUUAACAAUGUUCAAGAAUAUUUAUUUGAGAAUCAAAAAACUUGGUUUCAACAAAAUUUUGUUCUAGUUCUCCACACUGUAUUUAAAAUUGCGAACUGUAAAAAAUUACAAGAUUAUUGUUUUGAAUUUAUUUGUGAAGAUCCGGAACCAUUUGUAACAUCAGAAGUUUUUCCUUCGUUAGAUGAGGAUAUCCUUUUUGAUUUAUUUAAACGAGAUGAUUUUCGGAUUGAAGAAAUUAUUGCUUGGGAUUGUUUGAUUAAAUGGGGUAUUGAACAAACCCCUGGUUUAGGGAGUGAGAAUAAUGAUAGAACUAAAUGGAAUAAUGAAGAAUAUGAAUCAUUGAAAGAAACCUUGAAACAAUUUAUUCCUAUUAUUCGGUUUGUAGAAAUUUCUUCUAAAGAUUAUUAUGAUAAAGUACGACCUUAUAAAGCUAUUAUUCCUAAUAAAAUUUAUGAAGAAAUCGAAGAAUUUUAUUUUAAAAGUACCUUACCAAAGACAACAACUUUACCACCAAGAAUUGGAAAAAGUUAUAUCGAAUCAAAAAUUAUUAGAUUAAACUCUAUUUCAAUAAUUACAAAUUGGAUUGAUAAAAAAGAUUCUAAUGAUAUACGAGAUAAAAAUGAUUUAAUAUAUAAAUUUGAACUUAUUUAUAGAGGUAGUAAAGAUGGAAUUAAUAAUAAUUCAUGUAAUAAUAAAUGUAAUUUACAAGAACCAGUUUUAAUUUUAAUUAAAUGUAAAAAUUUAAAAAAAAUUUUUGGUGGUUAUAGUUCAGUUGGAUUUUAUCAUCAUAUGCGUAAUGAAUAUCAAAAUAAAUACAUUACUUCUGAUGAUAAUUUUGUUUUUUCUUUUGAAGGAAAAAAUGAUAUUCAAAAUAUGAAAUUAGGACGAGUGAUAUCAAAUGUUAAUGUUGUUUAUAAUAAUUAUUUUGGUGAUUGUGGAUUUGAUUUUGGUGGUGGCGAUUUAAAUAUGCAAAAUGAUAAUUUAUAUAUCAAGAAUAGUAAUUAUCAACAUACAAAUAAUAAUGGUAUUUAUAUAAUUGAGGAGAUUGAAGCUUUUAGAGUAAACUGUCAAAAAGGGAAAAGAAAAUAACAAAAUAAGCUAUUUUUUAAGCAAAUUAAACUUUUUAACGUAGUAGUUAC